AUUAUCAAAGCGGGAGACAUGCUUGAGUUCUUCUCUGGCGGAUUGUAUCGCGUGACGAUACAUCGGUACGUCGUCCAACCGCCCGAGGAUCACUGGCAGCGUCAAUGCAAGGUUCGUUUAGGCAUAUUAUAUUUCUGCAAGCCGGAUGACAGUACAAAGCUCCUGCCUUUGGUUGAUAAUCCGAUUAAUCCCCGG